UGAGACACAAGCACAGCAAUUAACAAUUAUAAAAUGAAAAUUACGUACUAUGUGAGUAAGUAUUAGUAGUACAUAAAAGCAACACCGAACCCAUCCCAUUCCAACGGUCACUUUUUCUGUAUCUUUCCCUUUCGCUGCUGCUUAAAAUAAAACCACCAUUCCCGUUUGCUUUUUCAGCUUUCAUCACAAAAGUUGGAGAAAGUUUUGAACAAGGAAGAAGCAUUAAUGGAUUUUUGCAACGCAAAAGUGGUGGAGUAUUUGGAGCCAUUAAUGUCCAAAGAGCUUCUCUGCAAGUUUCCAGACAAUUCCGCUUUCGAUUUCGAUUAUUCUCAGAGCUCAAUAUGGUCUCCCUUGGUCCCUCGACCUUACAGCCAUGCAGAUUUGGACUCCGAUUCGGAUUUCGCUUCGCCCAGAAACCUCAAUCUGGAGAUGGGUUUUGAGUUAGGCAACCCAAAUUGCAGCUUUCAAAAAGUUCAUUCCAAGAAGAAGAAAAAGAAGAUGAUUAAGACGACGACCACGGGUUUUGCCUUAAAUCUCAGUGCUUUGAAGAGCAAAACGAAGAACAAGAACAGCUUUAAGAAGAAAUUGGUUUCUGAUUUCUCUUCAACUCCUUCGUGUAAAGGCACUUGCAAUCCCCUUACUAGAAAGGUUUGGAAUAAGGUGCUUAAAGCUGCAUCUAAACAUUUCAAGAAAAAGAAGAAAGAUUCCACUGCUCAUGUGAGGCUGUCCAAUUACAUUACAAAGGGAAACAUUUCUCAGUGUUAAGUACUCUUGUAAUAAUUCAUUUAAUUUUACUAUUAAAAAAUGCACUGAUUACAAUAAUAUAUAUAUUGUUCAAUAUAAAAGUUCCCCCCCCCCCCCCCCCCCAUGUACUAGUUCCUAAAGAACCUAAUGUGUUCUACUAUUCUGUUUCAUAUGUAAUUUGUUUUUCAUUCAUUGAAAAGCUUCUUUCUUUUCUUUAUACGACAUUCAUUAUUUUGUUUUC